AUGUGCCCUCAUGUCAACGGCGAUUCUCUUCCCAGCGACCCAUCCCAGAUGGUAGCUGUAGACAUUACGAACGGCGCAACGCACUCCUCUUCAGUUCAGUCCAAUGGCGUCAACGGCCAUACCAACGGCGUUGGUAAGGGUACCAAAUUGCCCGAGGAGCAGCGGAGAAACCCAUACGCUCCUCGAGCGUCCGAUUUCUUGAGCAAUAUAUCAAACUUCAAUAUCAUCGAAAGUACAUUACGAGCAGAGGGCGAACAGUUCGCCAAUGCGUUCUUCGACACCAAGACCAAGAUUGCGAUUGCCAAGGCUCUUGACGCAUUUGGUGUUGAGUACAUCGAAUUGACAAGUCCUGCCGCCUCAGAACAGUCUCGUGCAGACUGUGAGGCAAUCUGCAAGCUAGGUCUCAAGGCUAAGAUCUUGACCCACAUUCGCUGCCACAUGGAUGAUGCGCGGAUAGCCGUCGAGACUGGUGUUGAUGGCGUUGACGUCGUCAUUGGUACAUCGUCCUUCCUUCGCGAGUUCUCGCAUGGGAAGGAUAUGGCGUACAUUACCAAGACCGCGAUCGAGGUCAUUGAGUUUGUGAAGAGCAAGGGUAUUGAGGUCCGAUUCUCGUCGGAGGACUCGUUCCGCUCGGACCUCGUCGACCUGCUCUCAAUCUACCAGACCGUUGACAAGAUCGGUGUCAAUCGUGUCGGUAUCGCGGACACAGUCGGCUGUGCAAACCCCCGCCAGGUCUACGACCUCGUCCGAACUCUCCGCGGGGUCGUCCGCUGCGACAUCGAGAUUCACUUGCACAAUGACACUGGCAUGGCGAUCGCCAAUGCCUACACGGCGCUCGAGGCCGGCGCAACGCACAUUGACACCUCUGUUCUCGGCAUUGGCGAGCGCGUCGGUAUCACACCACUUGGCGGGCUCGUUGCCUGCCUGUAUGCAGCCAACCCCGAAUACGUUAAGAGCAAGUACAACUUGCCCAUGCUCCGAGAAAUUGAGAACUUGGUCGCGGAGGCAGUUGAAGUGAACGUUCCGUUCAUGAACCCGAUCACCGGCUACUGUGCGUUCACCCACAAGGCCGGCAUUCACGCCAAGGCUAUCCUAAACAACCCAUCUACCUACGAGAUCCUCAAGCCUGAAGACUUUGGUCUCACACGCUAUGUGUCGAUCGGACACAGACUCACGGGCUGGAACGCCGUUAAGAGUCGCGUUGAGCAGCUUGGCCUCAAGCUCACCGACGAAGAGAUCAAGGACGCUACUGCCAAGAUCAAGGAGCUCGCAGACGUCCGCACGCAGUCCAUGGACGACGUCGACUCGCUGCUCCGGGUGUACCAUUCCGGCAUCAAGUCUGGCGAGCUCGCGGUUGGCCAGAAGGAGGCGCUGGACCGCCUCCUGCGCAAGCAUCGCGAGGAGACACAGCGUGCGCGCGAUGCCAGUCGUGACGUGAGCCCUGCGCCGACCGAAGCAUAAUCCUUCGGGUUUGGCUUUCCUCCACAAAAAGGGUUGCGGAGAACGCAUGCAGAUGCUCCAAGUCUCCUAUAUCCGCUUCGUCCUCCUGCCCACCCCAGCGACUGCGAUUGAGAGUGCAAGUUCAAGUGAUAGAUUUAUAUCCUACCUGCUCUGGCCCUAGCGGACGUCUUGGAUUGUCCCAGCGUGCAUUAUUUUUUGGUAGAUAGUUCUGACUGCAUAUCAUUCUGCCACAUGUAUCGUUGUAUAAUUAGGAACGUCAUCAUUGCCCUAACCAGUUGUAAUUCAGAAGUCAGAAUAUUACUGUAUUUUUGCCGG